GCAGGCCGCAGGGCGUCCUCGCGGCUGGGCGGGAUCGCUUCGGGUUCCUGGAGGCUGCUGCGGCGGUGGUGGCUAAGGGGACGCGGGACACCUGAAUGCCCCCAGCCCCGGCUCCUCCGACGCGAUGGGGAAGGUGCUGUCUAAGAUCUUCGGGAACAAGGAAAUGCGGAUCCUGAUGCUGGGGUUGGACGCCGCCGGCAAGACCACUAUCUUGUACAAGUUGAAGCUAGGCCAGUCGGUGACGACCAUCCCCACCGUGGGCUUCAAUGUGGAGACGGUGACUUACAAAAACGUCAAGUUCAACGUGUGGGACGUAGGCGGCCAGGACAAGAUCCGGCCGCUCUGGCGGCAUUACUACACCGGGACCCAGGGGCUGAUCUUCGUAGUGGACUGCGCCGACCGAGACCGCAUAGAUGAGGCCCGCCAGGAGCUUCACCGCAUCAUCAACGACCGAGAAAUGCGGGAUGCCAUCAUCCUCAUCUUCGCCAACAAGCAGGACCUGCCUGAUGCCAUGAAACCCCACGAGAUCCAGGAAAAACUGGGCCUGACCCGGAUUCGGGACAGGAACUGGUAUGUGCAGCCUUCCUGCGCCACCUCAGGGGAUGGACUCUAUGAGGGCCUCACAUGGUUAACCUCUAACUACAAAUCCUAAUGAGCAUUCACCGCCCAUCACACCCCCUCCCCAACUCCCCUCAGGAGAGAAAUAAAAAAAAACAUUCAUAGGAUUAUCACCAUCAUCACCUUCUCCAAAUGCCACUUUCUCUUCUUUUGAAUAUGGACUCUGGAGUUACUGUUUUACGGUUUGGGGGGCUUGGGUUGAGGGGGGAGUUAUCUUUUUUUUUUUGUUUUGUUUUUUGCUUUGCUUUAGGAUGCUCUAGUCUGACAUUUGACAUGAACACAAAGUACUAGGUGCUCUUGUUGACUUCCAGCAAAUGGGGUGGGGGAAAAUAUAGCAACUCUUGAUAUGGUCCUUUAUAAUAAUGGUUUGAUUUUUUUAUUUUGAGGGAAUCUUUUUUUCAAUGUAUGUUUCCCCCCCUCCAACCUUAUCACUUGCUGUAGAUGGCUUAUUUUGCAUUCAUGCAGACUAUGUUGCAAGUCUGUUUCAUCUAGUAAACUGAAAAUUAUUGCUUAA